CGUGAUUCCGUCUGUACAUAAAAAAAAAAAAGCUGAGGCACUCUCUUGACCGUUGGGUGAGCGCAAAGCACCAUUGACUGUUUUUUGUUCUUCUUCGUAGCCGUCCAUGCUUGUUUUGCCAUCAUGUCCACCGCCGUAAGGGUUCUGCGGCAGGCCGUCGGUCAAGCAGCAAAAGCAUUGCACCUGGAGCCCUUCAAGAGAGUGACGGUCAGAAUUGACCCGUUUCACAGCAAUGCGACUCCGGUGAGGGACUUCCUAUUCCACGUGAGUACAUCACGAGUGCGGUUGACCAACCCUGAGUGUGCCGUCAAGACGGAAGUGUUGUGCGACCGAUCAGAACCUACCAUUGAGAUUGCACUCUGUAAUGGACGGUCGUCAAGCCGUGGUUCGGUGCGGCCACCUGAGCUGCCUGGAAGUGCUGCAAGCGGUGGGCCGUCUGGCGGGCCAUGGCCAAGGCGGACAGUGACAAGUUGACGCCCCAGGCGGAACUGUUCCUGCGUGCGUACAGCCAGGUGCCCGCUUUCCGAGACCUCUUUGAUGAGGAGACCUUCUACAUAUUCGCCACCUGCUUCGUGCUCGCCACCUGUCUCGUCGCCUUUCUCCUAUCGCGCUUUGUCACCCUGCACCCCGUCGAAUAAUAAAAUAUUAUGUGGCUCAA